CUCUGCCUCUCUGCACGACAGUCCACGACCAGAUAGAGCCGAGAGGGACACCAGGUCCUACCUCCACACAUCAUGGUUUCGUUCUUAACUCUCAGCUGUGUGUUCCUGGCGUCACUAGGAGCGAGCUUCGCUACUUUUGGUCACGAACAUGUCCACAUCCGUAUCCACAUCCCUGAGGAGCACCACGAGCCGAAGCACAUCCACCACGAGGAGCACCACGACCACGGACCCCCGAGCUACGGACCCCCCAGCUAUGGACCCCCUAGCUUCGGAGGAGGCGGCGGCCACGGGGGCGGCCAUGGAGGUGGCCACGGGGGCAGCUUCGUCGAGCAUCUGCACGGAGGAUUCAUCGACCAUCUGAAGGGCCAUGGAGGAGGCGGGCACGGCCAUGACGACCACGGCCACGGCGGCGGCGGAUUCGACCUUGGAGGCGGCCAUGGAGGAGACAGCUACAGCAUUGGAGGAGGCGGCGGCCAUGGCCACGGCGGCGGUGAUAGCUACAGUAUCGGAGGCCACGGCGGUGGUGGACAUGGAGGAGACAGCUACAGCUUAGGUGGAGGAGGCGGACACGGCGGCGGCGGCCAUGACUUCGGCGGUGGACUCGGCGGAGGCUUUGGCGGGGGCCACGGCGGCGGUGGAUUCUCCUCCGGCGGACACGACAGCUACAGCGUCGGCGGAGGCGGCCACGACAGUCACAGCAUUGGAGGAGGCCAUGACAGCCACAGCUCCGGCGGCGGACUCGGCAGCUACGGCGGCAGCUCGUUCUCUGGACAUGACAGUUUCGGAGGUGGUCACAGCUCAGGAGGCUUUGGAGGAGACAGUUACAGCUUGGGUGGUGGAGGAGGCCAUGAUCAUGGCAGUGACAGUUUUGGAGGAGGCCAUGGCGGCUCCAGCUUCGGAGGCAGCAGUCAUGGAGGUGACAGCUACAGCCUCGGCGGAGGCGGCGGGCACGGCGGAGACAGCUACAGCAUUGGAGGAGGCCACGGAGGCCACAGCGGUGGGUUUGGCGGCGGCCACGGCAGCAGCAGCUUCGGAGGAGGCGACAGUUACAGUUUGAGCCACUCGAGUCACUCCAGCCAUGGCGGUGACAGCUACAGCGUGCCUUUCUCUGGAGGACACGGGAGCUCAGACUUUGGAGGCAGUCACGGAGGCGGUUUUGGAGGAGACAGCUACACGAACGCCAUCGGGGCCGGCCACGGGGGAGGUCCGUACCACAAGAAGUGAGGAUCUUUAAGGAUCGGAGGAAGCCACCUAAGUCAUAGUCGUUCUUUUAGACUCAGUAUUUACUUUGUAGUUUAAGGGCAAUGGCUGCUAUCCAGCGAGAUGUGAACGAAAGUUCGAGAGAAAAUAAGAUGGCGGCCAUUACAAAACGAUUAAUAUUGUUGUUUGUAAAUAAGUUAUUGUUAUUGUUGUAAUAAUUAAACUAAUAUUUAAACGA